AUGGCCACUGAAAAAACGCCAGCUAACCAGCGGGAAAUACAAUGGCGUUUCUGGAGUAUCUUCGCCGCUCUCUGUCUACUGAGCCUCAUUGCCUCGAUCGACGUGAGCAUCGUCACCACCGCCUUGCCAACCAUUACCCGGGCAAUUGGGGGCGAGCUUCAAUACGUCUGGAUCGCCAACUCGUACCCGCUGGCGUCAACAGUGCCACAGCCACUUUAUGCCCAGGUUUCCAACAUUGUCGGUCGGCGGAACCCGCUUUUGGUGGCGGUGUCGCUCUUCGCCUUGGGUAGCGGCAUCGCAGGAGGUGCGACCAACCCAGGUAUGCUGAUUGCUGGGCGGGUGGUGCAGGGUCUGGGAACCGGUGGGAUUUAUGUACUGUCCGCCAUUGUAAUCAGCGAUUUAGUGCCACUGCGCCAACGCAGCCAAUACGUGAGCAUCAUGUUUCUGAUGGCCACCGUUGGAGGUGCUGUUGGGCCGCUCGUGGGGGGAGCAUUUGCCGAGCGCGACUGGCGUUGGGUUUUUUAUAUGAACGUGCCAGCUUCUGGCGUUGCCUUGGUUGUGAUUUUCUUCGCAUUGAAGGAAAAUUCCAGUGGUGACUCAAUCAGAAACGUCCUUGCGCGCGUUGAUCUGUUGGGAAAUGCCAUCCUGAUCCCGUCGGCCGUUGCCAUACUCCUAGGUGCGGUUCUCGGAGGCGUCGUGUAUCCGUGGUCUUCCUACCAUAUCAUUGUGCCUCUUGUCUUAGGCGCUUUGGGGUGGGCACUAUUUCAUGUGCAUCAGGCCUUCUGUAAAGAACCUAGUGUGCCGCCUCAUCUAUUCCGAAAUCGGACGACAGUUUCAACCUAUGGGAUGAGCUUCGUCGCCUACAUGCUCACCCAGGUCUCUUCCUAUUUCCUCCCUGUCUACUUCAUGGCUGUGGCCAAUGCAUCACCAAUCCGAGCCGGAGUCGACUGCCUGAUAUAUUCAGUGGUGGUGCCGGUCAGCGCUGUAUUUGCAGGGGGUUUCGUGACAUACAGCGGGAUAUACAGACCGUUGUUCUGGAGCGGAUUUGCGCUACAGGCGGUGGGUUACGGAUUAUUGUCGACGUUGGAUGGCACAUAUUCUCAAGCCCGAUCUUUUGGGUUCGAGGCUCUUGCAGCGUGCGGAACGGGUAUUGUCAUACCAGCCCUCUCGCCCGCGAUUCUGUCGCCGCUCGCGGAGUCUGAUGUUGCCAGUGCCAAUGGCGUUUAUUCAUUUUUGAGGUCGUUUGCGUUUGUCUGGGGCAUCACGAUCGCGUCGGUCAUCUUCAACGGCCAAUUCAAGACCCACGGAGGCCAGAUUAGCGAUGAGGCCGUACGUGCAAAACUUGUUGACGGCGCAGCCUACACUUUUGCCAGUGGGGGAUACAUCUCCCAGCUUCCACAGAUUACCAGUGAGCAAGUCAUGGGUGUGUACGCCAAGGCGCUCGCGGCUGUAUGGCAGGCAUCGAUUGCAUUUUCCUGUUUGGGCUUUCUCCUGGGGCUGGUUGUAAAACAUGUCCCAUUGCGAAAAACGCUUGAAACGAACGAAGAGUCGGGGGAUAGCUCAGCUACCAAGCAGACUGAAGAUGUCUAA